UGUGCCAGCCAAGUCCUGUCUCCCCCCUCUGCCUCCCACCUCUCCCCCAGGACAGAGGAGUACAUUCACCAAGCCAAGGCUCACCUGAGGGGAAUGUGCCAGGAGAUGGAGGCGGGCCUUAGCCUGGCGUCCCACUAUGUUGACGUGCGAUUGGUCCAGAGGCAGAUCCUGAUUGGCUCAGGGAAGAACACCAGCAAGUGCCUGGAGAAAGAUUUGGUCGUUAUCGGAGACGCGGAGAGGAGGCGGGGCUCGUUGGCCAGGAGUCAGGUGUUUGAGAGCUCCCCCGGGGCGAAACCCAAACGUUCCAUCGUGUUGCUAGGCAACGCCGGCAUGGGCAAAAGCACGCUCAUCAAGAAGCUCUGCGUUGAUUGGUCCGACGGCCUCCUGCCUCAGUUUGACUUUGUGUUCCUACUGGACGGUAAGGCUCUGACCCUCCCCCCUGAGCCGACCUACAGCCUUCGGUCCCUCCUCCUACACCUCUCCUGCCCCCACCCGCGGGAUGUCUUCAGUCAGGUCCUCUCUGUCCCGGAGCGUGUGCUGGUGAUAUUCGAUGGCUUCGAGGUGGUGCGUGACUUGGAGGGGCUGCUUCAGUCUCCAGCGGAUGACAGUGAAGGGGAGAACUACAGCGUUAGACAGUUGUUCUCUGGUCUGCUCCAAAGGAAGCUGCUACCAGGCUGCUCUCUGCUCCUCUCUGCCCGACCACGAGGCACCGUCAGUGGGCUGCUGAGACGGGCUGACAGCCUCCUGGAACUCUCUGGCUUCUCCCCUCCGGACAUCGAGAGAUACCUGGGACAAUACUUCUCUGGACAGUCCCUAGAGGCCCCAACCUCAGUCCCAGACUCAAUCCCAGUCCCAACCUCAGUCUCAGUCCCAGUCCCAGUCCCAGUCCCAGUCUCAGUCCCAGUCCCAGUCCCAGUCCCAGUCCCAGUCCCAGUCCCAGUCCCAGUCCCAGUCCCAGUCCCAGUCCCAGUCCCAGUCCCAGUCUCAGUCCCAGUCCUAGCCCUCACCAGGCUCCACAGCCAGCCGUUCCUUCUGUCUGUGUGUUGGAACCCAGCUCUGUGUCACAUGGUCUGUCUGCUUCUAGAACACUGGGAUGUUUCUGAGUCACUCCCCUCCACGCUGACUGGACUGUGUUACAGGGUGUUGCUACUAAAGAUGAGACGACACACCCUUAAACACACACUCGGUCAAACCCUACCCCAAACUCAAACCCAGGCACACACUCACACCCUUAAACACACACACGGUCAAACCCUACCCCAAACUCAAACCCAGGCACACACUCACACCCUUAAACACAGUCAAAAACACACCCUGAAACACACACACGGUCAAACCCUACCCCAAACUCAAACCCAGGCACACACUCACAGCCUUAAAUACACACACGGUCAAACCCUACCCCAAACUCAAACCCAGGCACACACUCACACCCUGAAACACACACACGGUCAAACCCUACCCCAAACUCAAACCCAGGCACACACUCACACCCUUAAACACAGUCAAAAACACGUCCUUAAACACACACGCAACUGGACACGAGCGUAUAUCCGCACUCGCUCUCACACUCAAUCCCAAAUUCAAUUAGAAGACGAGAAGAGGAGGAUAGAGACGAGAGAGGAGGAAGAGAGGGAGGAGAAGAAUGAGGAGGGAGAGAGAAAGAGGGAGGAGGGAGAGAAAGAGAGAGAGGAGAUGAGGGAGGAGGAAGAGAGAGAGAGGGAGGAGGGAGAGGAAGAGAGAGAGGAAGAGAACAGGUGCGUUCUGUCAGAGUUGAGCGGUCUGGCUUGGCAGGGGGUUAAAGGUCAUUCAUCUCUCCUGACCCUGACUCUGGACAAUACCGUCUGUGUCAAGCUGCGGUUGUUUGGCCUGACGACUGGACUGGUCCAUUCUCACUGGCUGAGGGGGGAGCAGGGCAGAGAUGGUGACAACAUCCUGUCCUGGGCCCACCCUUUCCUGCAAAGCUUCCUGGGCGGGGCCCACCUGUCCGUCUCCAGCUGUGUGUCUGACCGCGCUCUGCUGGCCCAGAUCCUACCACAGCCCAGGGGGAGGCGACGGCCUCAGGGAGAGUGUCUGGACCUUGCUCAGCGAUUCGCUGUCGGGCUGCUUUUCCGGAACAAUGCGGACCUCCGGGAUCUGGCCACCCUGGAUACCGGCGCCAUGAAAGUGGUGGCGGCCAAGCGAGCCGCUGUGAUAUUACACCUGGAGAGCCUUCACCAUGGCGACCUGAGCCCCGCUCGGCUCCUGGAGGCGUGUCACUGCGUUUACGAGACAGGCGACGUCCGCUUGGUCAGGCACCUGGUACGGAACCUUCCCGAGGUUCUGUCGUUCCAAGGGGUUCCGCUGUGCCCCGCCGACGCCUUCGUCGUGUGGAACCUUUUGGACCAGUGUAGAACGCUGAGGAGGAGGUUCUGUCUGGGGCUGGAGGACACAGGACUGAGGAUGACAGGAUUAAAACUACUGACGGGUCUCAGCAACAUACACUCAUACAGGGCGUGUAUCGCUGACACCAUCACUCUGUGGGAGGAGCUAGAGCAGAGUGGGGAGGAGGAGCUUCUGAAAGCGACUGUGUCCAAGUUGACCCUUAACCCUUUCAGAGCCACACAGGUGUCCCACGUCCAACACCUGUCCACACUGGUCAACAUACACACAAGCAGGAGACUGUCUGAGAGCCAAUCAGAUGGUGUCCUGGGGGAGGGUCUACCGGCAGUCAGAGAUCUUCACAAGCUGGAGUUUGAGUUGGGGCCAGUGAAUGGUCCUCUGGCGCUCCCUAAACUCCUGGAGCUGCUGCCAGCCCUGCACAGUCUACAUCACCUGGAUCUGGAGAACAGUAGACUGGGGGACAGUGGGGCUGAGGGUCUGGCUGGAGCUGUGCUGUCUCUCUCCUCUCUGCAGAUUAUCAAUCUGUCCCAGAACUGUAUAGGAGACCAGGGAAUAGAGAGUCUGGCUCCUGCUCUGUCUACCAUCCCCUCGCUGCACUGUCUCAGUCUGUACAGUAAUGUGAUAUCUGGGGGUGCUGAGAGUCUGGCUGCUGUUUUACCUCAGAUGACAUCACUCAGUGACCUGGACGUCAAGUACAACAGUUUCACGGCCCUGGGAGCUCAGAAUCUGGCUUCCAGUCUGAGGGACUGUCCAUGGAUCAAGAGUCUGGGGAUGUGGAAUGUGUGUAUUCCCUACGGAGUGUUAGAGAGACUGCAACAACAGGACCCACGGAUACAGCUGCUCUAGAACAUUGUUCUAAUGUUCUAACAGAACCCCAGAGGAUACAGCUGCUCUAGAACAUUGUUAUGUUGUUCUAACAGAACCCCAGAGGAUACAACUGCUCUAGAACAUUGUCCUGUUGUUCUAACAGAACCUCAGAGGAUACAGUCACUCCUAGAACAGGAUUAUGAUAUACAAGUGCUCUGAAACUGUCUCCCAGCAAGGUUAGGGAUACAGACCUGUGUCCUGUGUUCCUGGACACCACUGUUCUGUUCUGUGUUCCUGGACACCUCUGUAUUGUGUUCCUGGACACCACUGUUCUGUUCUGUGUUCCUGGACACCACUGUUCUGUUCUG